UCCAUCUCUUUAACACAUGUUUUUCCGGUUUUGCUUGUAAAUAAAAUAAGUGAUAAUGUUGGCGCCAAUUAAACAUUUAUUGGGAAACUAUCGCAUUGUUUUGGCCAGCGGCUCUCCCAGGAGACAGGAACUGGUCAAAAUGCUGGGUCUCAAUGCGGAGCUGUGUCCCUCAACAUUUGAGGAGAAUUUAAACCUGGAGGAUUUCAAGGAGUUCUCGGAUUACAUUGAGGCCACUGCUCUGGGAAAAGCGGAGGAAGUGUUCUCCAGACUGAGUUCCGCGGGCGAUUCCAAGGACCUAAUUGUCAUAGCUGCGGAUACGAUGGUGACCUUGGGAAAGGAGAUCUACGGAAAACCGAAGGAUCCUUCCGAUGCCAUUCGCAUGCUGACCAACUUGUCCGGAACCUCGAAUCGAGUAUUUAGUGGCGUUAUUUUAAAGCAUGCCGGCGGAGUUCGCAAAUUUACGGACACGGCGGACGUAUACUUUGGUGAUCUGCUGCCAGAACAAAUUCAAAGCUAUGUGGAUUCCGGAGAUCCCCUAGACAAAGCUGGCGCUUAUGGUGUUCAAGGACCUGGUGGAGCUCUUAUCCAUCGGAUCGAUGGAGAUUUUUACUGUGUGAUGGGCCUGCCGUUGCAUCGCCUCUGCUGCGAAUUAAACAAGCUGUUUCUAGAGGAUCUCUCCUCGUAAACUUAAUGUCAACGUCGCGCCCAUCAAAACCAAACUAUCUGCAGUUUAUGCGGCUACAAGCGUCAGAGGCUACACACGCUCUGGUGAUUUUAAUCUUGGCUGAUAAGCGGCUAUAUCUCUCCGACGCCGUGAGCUUAUUUUUUUUUUUUUUUGGCCCAAGUCAAUUAAAAAUAAAAAUCAAAUAAAAGUGA